AUGCUUCGGGCUGCGGGUGCCUUUUGCCGGGGCCUUGGGGCCGUUGGCCGUGUAAUCAGUCACAAUGGGGCAUUACGUAGUAAAAACGAUCUGCAAUCGGCCCCAUUUUCGUUUCGCGGCCGUCUGUGGUCACUCAACGGUAAUUUCUCUCAAGUUACACCACUUUAGCAGUCCCUACUCGUAGCUCUAGUGGUGGUGGGAGUGGUGGCACACUACGCAUCAGGCAGACUAACUUUCAUAAUGGGAAAGUGUAUGAUGAAAUGGUUAGUUAGUCGUCUUACAUAAUUUUUAGCAUUUCUUCGUAAUGUGUGGCAUAGUGCCUUUCGGACUGCUAACGUUCUUCACGAACAUCUUCCUUGGCCAGGCGGAGUUGGUGGAGACUCCUGAGGAUUACGAGCCAAGGUACUGGGAGUAUUACAGGGUAAUUAUGCAGUUGGUGUUAAAUGAUAAAAUAGCAUCCAAUCACGAGGUUCAUUGCUAGGAACCUGAUGUUCAGUCCUCAACAAGUUUAUGAAAACCAUCUUGCUAUCAAAAAGCGCCACAUGGACGCGAGGGAGCUCGCGUGAGUUAACUACUUUAACUAGUGCAUGUUAAUGUCUAUAAAAAUUUACUCGCUUCUAACCGUCUCGGUUCAUUCUUUAGACACCGUCUUGACUGAAAAAGAAUAAUUUAUCUAUCUUGGUUUAAAAUACUAGGUGAAAUGUCUUGUGAGUCCACGCACACAUGCUCCAGGAUCGGUAAUGGCACAUACUCCCUGGCCUACUCAGGGCUUUCGCGGCAGAAUAUUUUUUCCUAAAAACGUUCGGAAAUUACUGUUCUUUCCUUGAUCUGAAACCGCCGACCAGAACUUUAGACCAUUUCCGUAUUUCUCCAUAGGUUUUGUGAUUUUUCUGCUUUGACUUCGCCCGGGAAACGGGCCAAGCUUUCCUUUGUCAACAUGCUCUUUGCAGACAGUCAUUUCUACAAGUACGUCUGCUCCGGGAAGCAAGACCUUUAACAUUUGCUAUUAUGUCGGUCGUGUACACUUCCAAAAUAAUAGUACAUAAGUUAUCGGUUCUGGUAUCUUCGCAAAUUCACCUCCACCCACCGUCCUUCGUCGCAACUUUCAUUGGAUUUCCUUGAGUUUCUUUAGUGCAUUUUAACCAUGUUUGACCAACACAGCCUCAUUGGUUAUGAUAUGUCCUGGUAGUUUCCUCUGAAGACGCCCAGCAGCUACCAGAUUUGUUCGAGGUUGCCCCUCCUAGUGCUCCUGUUCCCACAUGGUGGCGGCGGCUGCUAGAGGCCCUGUUUAAUGACGUUCAUGGUAACCAUGCCACAUUACCGUUGUCGGUUAUUACCGUAUUUUACGGGAUGAUCGAUCUUUCUAGCCCAGAGCGUACUAUAACUUUUGGCCCGCGAUUAUUAAUUCACCGGAUGUUAUGAUUUGUUUAUUUCACAGUUAGCUUCCGCUUUAGACCUUCUCGCUAUCCGCCGCCUGUGGACGCGCCAGUUAGUUAACAAGUAGCUAACGCGCACAUCUGUUGUCCCGGUUCUUACUGUGACCGAUGGUCGUCGACAUCACUUUUCAGCCAAUGGUUUGACUUAUGAUAUAGAUAAGUAACUCUUAACCCUUGCUGUUUCCACAUACCCCUAGCGCCGAAGACCGUUGGUUCCAGGAAUCUGAACUGGCUGAACAGGACUAUCGCGGCUGGCAGUUCAUUCCCGUCAACCCUGCCGGUGUCCUCCGCGCGCACAAAGACGAGGUGCUGCACGAAGAGAUGGGACAUUGGUUUUCACGUUAA